CAUCUGUGGGCGGGGCGAGGAGCGGAAGUCGUAUGGUGUCACCUCCGGGACUCGCUCGCUGCGUCUCAUCGUUGGGACCGCGACAAGAUGGCGGACCUGUCUCUGGACGAGCUCAUACGGAAACGCGGUGUGACGGUGAAGGGAAGACUCAACACAAGGCCAGUGUUUGGGGGUGUGAGAUCUCGCAUUGGGAUCCAGCAAAAUCUCCUGAAUAGAUCACCACCAGCUGUGAGCUUCCAACGGGCCUUUGAUGCCCGACAGAAGAUAGGACUCACUGAUGCCCGACAGAAACUGGGGGUUAAAGAUGCCCGAGAAAGACUGGUUCAAAAGGACGCUCGGUUCAAAAUCAAAGGGAAUGUGCAGGAUGCUCGAGAGAUGUUGAAUUCCCGUAAGCAGCAAAGUGUUGCUGCUGAAAAGGUGACCAAAGUGGUGGAUGCCAGAGAGAAGAUCAGCUUAAAAAGGAGCACUCCAGCUGCUAUCAGCCCAGCUAUGGGAACAGUAAAUCCAGCCAUGAAAAUCACCAAAACUAUCCAACAGAAGGCUCCAGUUCCUGGACACUCUCAUCCGGCAGGAAUGAGGAUCAAUGUGGUGAACAACCAUACACAUAAACAGGGCCUGUAUGACACAGAAGAUGAUGAUGAAAGUCUCUCUCCCCUUCCUAGCAAACAGAUGAAAAUCACCACCACAAACAGUUUCCUGCACAACUCGACUGGUCUGAGCAGCAAUAAAUUCUCUCUGUCCAAGACUGUUCCCCUGACUAAAGUGGUCCAGAACGAUACAUACACAGCUCCACCUGCACCUCCCCCUCCUAUGCGGACAAAGGCCUUGACAAACAUGUCCCGGACCUUAGUGACAAAGGAAGUGCCACCAAAAGAGCCAGCACCUGUUCAGCUGGCGUUCAGUCCUUUGGAAGGCACAAAGAUGACUGUAAAUAAUCUGCAUCCUCGAGUCACAGAAGAAGAUAUUGUUGAGUUGUUCUGUGUGUGUGGCGCUCUGAAGCGAGCCCGCCUGGUGCACCCUGGAGUGGCUGAGGUAGUAUUUGUGAAGAAAGAAGAUGCUAUCACAGCAUAUAAGAAAUACAACAACAGGUGCUUAGAUGGUCAACCAAUGAAAUGCAAUCUUCAUAUGAAUGGGAAUGUCAUCACCUCAGACCAGCCUAUAUUGCUCCGAUUGAGUGAUACCCCUUCAGUGAAGAAGGAGGGGGAACCCCGCCGGUCAAGUGCAAGCGCCUCCUCGAAUCCCCCAGCUGAAGUGGACCCUGAAACCAUCUUGAAGGCACUUUUCAAGUCCUCAGGGGUCUCUGCCUCUGUGCAGCCCACAGAAUUCAAAAUUAAACUCUGAGAGGGGGGGAGCAAGCAGUGGACUGGAAAACUCAUAAGUUGGGGGAUGAGGAAAGUGCAGGAGUGCAGAUGUUAUUGCAUUUGCCUGUCCUGAAAUUUUUUGUUUUCUAUGAUCGCUACCUUACUGUACAAUAGUGUUUCCUCUUGUGUGUGUACUUUCUGUUUUCAUAGUUGGAGCUUUCUUCCAUGAUUUUUUUUCCCCCAAGAGAAUAACCUCCCCCUUCUGCCAGUAAUGUAUUACCAAGCAUAUACCAUGUAACUCCAUCCUUUAUUCCAAAGCCCCCAGAGGCCAUUAAAAGUGCACAUAGACUUGGAGGGAAGGAGUGGUGAUCUCCUUCUCUUUUCUUCUGACUGACCUUUAGCUAAGAGGGGCAUCCCCUUGAUUGUCCACAGGCAAGAGCACGUUGUUUCUGAAGUUGCUGCACUGGGUACAAAGGCAGGUUGGGCUCCUUCCAGAAAGGACUUGUGUGCAUGUGGUGGCAUAACUCUUCCUUCUGUCUCUGUUGGACACUUUCCUGCUCAGCAGCUGGGACAUUGAGAAGAAGCAGGAAAAGCUGAGCUGCCGAGGCAUGUGCCAGCAGAAACAUCAGGCAGAAAGGACGUAGGCACAAGUGCACCAGCCACUGUGCUAUGGGCAGGGCUGUUUCAACUCUGGUAGUCCUGGAGGGUUGUUCUGGCAUUUGUACAAUGGGUAUAUUUGUUCUGGAGGGCCAGACUCAGUUGCUGUCCUCUUUCUGACUGAAAAAUUAAGAACCAGCCAUGUUCAGAGCUAGAAGAAACCCUGCUGUUUGACUCCCAUUAGACUAUAUUGCCUUUUCCUGCUGAUGCAUGGACCUGAGUUGUUCUUACCUUCUAACUCGGCCAGUCUCCUGUAAAAAGGAAGUACCUGGGACCCUUUUCAGAUGCUAAUACACACGAAGUCUUGUGUCUGAGAACUCAGAUAUCCUUUGAGAAAUGCUGUUUGGGCAUUGUUUGGCUUCUGUGCAGUUCUGCUGCUGGCAUGCCUGAAUUUGGAAGAUGAUUGCUGCAGUGUGUGGCUUCAAGGAGAGGUUUAGGAGCAGAGGACAGUCAGCGCUGUGCAAGGAGCACGGCAGAGGAGUGUCCAGCCUGUGCAGGGAGGGCAGCGAGGACGUGGCGUGGGCCAGCGGGUGUGUGUGACAAGCCACUAGGUGGCACUUUAGUACUCCCCAUUGUACCGCAUUGGCACCUUGGAUGUUCAAAGUCCCAGUAGCUCCACUCGUUUGUGUUUGUUCAAAUUGUAUUGGAAGGGAGGAAAGCUGAGAGCAACUUCCAGAACCUGAUUGGGAUUUGGUCUUGAUUGUAUUAGUUGGGAGACUAACCUAAUCCAUCCUGUUCAGCUCUGCUGAGUAGCUCCUAUAAGUCCAGAUUGUGUUUCUUGGACAACGCCACGUUUCUUUUGCUUUCUUGUUCUGUAUGAACUCUUUCCUUCUAUCUAGCUUGUGCAGACCAUUCCUCUAUCUCACUGUAUCCCUUUUAGCCAUGGGAAUAAUAAGGACUUGGCAGGACUUCUGGAGUACUCUCUUUGGUUUGAAGGCCAGUGACACCAUGAUUGGUAGGGUGCUUCAUGUGAACAGCAAAUGUUCGUAGGGAAGGGGACCUAAGACAGCUAAUGUUCUCCUUUUUUAGAUUGCCCACCAAAUACCUGUGUUUUAAUAAAGAAAAAAGGGGGGGAGGGGGAGGAAACAUUAGGGAUUGGAGAAGAUAAUGUAUUACCUGUUUCUGAAUAAACGUUUGUUAUACAGAGA